CACAGCUCCCUGUUCUACUCCCGUCCCAGGCCAGGCACUUUGAGGGGCUCCUUCUGUGAGAAGCAUCAGCUCCAGACCUUUUCCCCUUUCUCUCUGCUGACUUAGCAGCGUGCCAGGCAGGCAUGGAGAGAUUAAUCAGUGACAGGAAGCUGCCUCUUUCAGAGUAGUGACCGGCUGUGGUCAGGAGAGUCUCUGCAACGCCAGCCCCAGGAGUCGGUCCUGCUUCCUGCCUGCUGCUCAGCCACCUGCUCCUGCCAUGGGGUCACUUGGGGCCCUCCUCUUCCUGCUGGGGAGCCUGGGGGCUCUCGCUGACGUCUGCGAAAUACCGCAUGUGGACAGCCAGCUGGUAGAGAGGAUGGGCCAGCACCUCUUGCCUUGGAUGAAUCAGAUUUCCCAGGAGCAACUGAACCCCAGUAUCUAUGUGGGCCUGCGCCUCUCCAGUGUGCAGGCUGGGGACAUGGAGGCCUUCUACCUUCACAGCCUCAAGCUCAAGUACCAGCAGAACAUCCUGGGGUGUACCAGCAGCGAUGACUGCAAAACCAAGCCCCCCAUGGGCCAGCUGGCCCUCUACAUGCUCGCUCUCAGGGCCAACUGCGAGUUUGCCAGGGGCCACAAAGGGGACAGGCUGGUCUCACAGCUGAAGCGGUUCCUGGAGGACGAGAAGAAGGCCAUUGGCCACAAUCACAAGGACUAUCCCUAUGUCAGCUACUACCAGUAUGGCUUGAGCAUCCUGGCCCUGUGCGUCCACCAGAAGCGGGUCCAUGACAGCGUGGUGAAAAAGCUCCUAUAUGCCGUGGAACAUGACCAGCAUUUCUACCAGGGCACCCUCUCUGUAGACACAGAGGCCAUGGCAGGCUUGGCCUUCGCAUGUCUGGAGCGUUCCAACCUGAACCCCAAUCUGAGGAACAGAAUCACCCUGGCUAUCAGGACAGCGAUAGGGAAGAUCCUGAAGACCCAGACCUCAGAGGGGCACUUUGGGCAUGUCUACAGCAGCCCUCUGGCACUGCAGUUCCUGAUGACCUCUCCCAUGCGCGACAUGGAGCUGGGCACAGCGUGCCUCAAGGCGGGGGCUGCUCUGUUGGCCAUUCUGAAGGAUAGGGGCUUCCAGAAUGUUCUCAUGAUUUCCACGCUGCUGCCUGUCCUGAACCACAAAAGCUAUGUGGAUCUCAUCUCCCCAGACUGCCAGGCACCAAGAGCGGCCCCUUCCUCUCUCCUUGGCACAGUCGUGUUGGAACCAGCUAUGGAGAUUCCUUCACAGACUCAAAGCUCAGAUGUCAUCAGGGUCACAUUGAAGGUCCCCAGUGUCUUGCCGCCGUACAGACACGUCAUCUUUGUCCCUGCCGGCUCCUCCUUGGAAGAUGUCCUGAAGAAGGCCCAGGAGCUCUGGGGAUUCACGUAUGGAACAAAGGCCACCUUGUCAGGCCCCUAUCUGACCUCCGUGAUGGGGAAAGAAGCCGGGGAACGUGAGUUCUGGCAACUCCUCCGAGCCCCCGACACCCGUCUGCUGCAGGGUAUUGCUGAAUACACACCCAAGGAUGGAGAAACCAUUGAGCUGAGGCUGGUGAGCUGGUAGCCUUCAGGCUCACCCACCCCAGCAGCCUUGCACACUCCCUGGGCAAUCUGUAACAGGUAUGCGCCUGAUCCGGCUGCCACCUCAUGUGCACUUGGAGCAAUGACCCCCGGAUGACCCUAGCCACCACCCCUGUGAAGGUCCUAAGCCACUGCCCACCCCGAAGCAGGGAGCCAAGCACUUUCCCUGGCAGGUCUGUCUGCCUGGGUCUGGCCCAGCCUGGCCCCGCGGGUGUCCCAUGAAGGCCACUCAUAGACUGAAGGGCAUGAAGCCUCUCAGACUCCUCUGCACAGAGAGAGGAGGUCCACUGGCCGCUGGCCUUGUGAGGACCAUCUGCUCUGGGAUCGGGGUCCUACAAGGAGACUUCUGUGGCACAGGAGCUGUGGCGCUGACCCCAGCUCUCCACUCUGUUGUCAGGGCAGUGACCCCAGAGCUGGCUGUGGCAUAAUAGCUGGCGAGGACUCUGCAGGGCUGCUCAAAGCCCACCUUCCAAAUGAUUAAAGCGUUGAUUGUGCACCUGC